GUGACUGUAAGGUUAUAUAUCCAAAUGGAGGAAUGAAAUAUCACUGGGCCAUAACAACUUUGCUGAAGACAAAAAAAUCAGGAGACCUGGUUCUGGCCCUAAAUGCCCGGGCAUCUAAGGGUGAGAUAAGAAAGCCUCCACAAGGGCCUUCCAGUUGUAAAGUUCUGGUGUUCUAGAAGGGCUUAGGAAAGAGAACAAUGGAAGGUUCUGAAAUAUGCUAAACACACUUCUUUUCCUUGCUGACACUGCUCCAUGAAAACGACAUUCUUGAAGGACCCGGGAAGCGUGGUAUCAUGAGGAGGCAUCUGACAGUGACAAAGGAGUCCUUGAGGUUAUUAGUGCGGCACUGAAACAGCCUUUAACAAGAAGAUGAAAGAGUGCUUUGGCAAGAAGAAUGACGGCUGCACAAUGCUGAACUGCGGGCAAAUUCUUGAUCAGCUGUCCUUGGGACUAUACACCCAGCCAGUAGCAGAGCACGGAGGCACGCAGUACAUGGGGAAUGCCUGCUUGUGCUGCGGUGCAGAGUUCCACACAGAAGCACCCACUUCAUCUUCACAGAGAUUCUGCAAUGCAGAUAAUGUUUGCUCAGUGCAGAAAUGCGUUGAGAGGGGGUUAAAAAAUAACUUGCCCAAGGUCACACAGCUAGUACGUGAAGGCGUCUGGCCCAACGCAUGUCUCUCAGGUCCCGAAAGGAGCCCACCGCCCACCCAGCACGUGUUUCCCUGCGUGGAACUGAACUGAGAAAUGGGAGCGCGGCUAACGGGCCUACCCUCGCGGUCCUGCGCUGGCUCAGCGGCACCCUUCGCGGGGCGUGUCCUCCCGUCCUGGAGGUUCCCGGAGAGGAGGAGGCGCUGGCUGACGACGGGGCAGCUCGCCCAGCCUCCGGGCAGGGAGAGGGAGGGAGUGCGGGCCCGGGAGCGGGAUGGAGACCAGCAGCCCGCGGCCCCCGGGACCGAGCCGCGGCCCCGCGCUCGGCCCGGACGCCCGGCUGGGCGGGGACACGCGCCUCUGGGCCAAGGUGCUCUUCACCGCGCUCUACUCGCUCAUCUUCGCGCUGGGCACGGCGGGCAAUGCGCUGUCCGUGCACGUGGUGCUGAAGGCGCGGGCCGGGCCCCCCGGGCGCCUGCGCUGCCACGUGCUCAGCCUGGCGCUCCCCGCCCUGCUGCUGCUGCUGCUGCUGCUGGUCGGCGUGCCCAUGGAGCUCUACAACUUCGUGUGGUCCCACUGCCCCUGGGUCUUCGGCGACCUGGGCUGCCGCGCCUACCACUUCGUGCGCGAGCUGUGCGCUUACGCCGCGGUGCUCAGCGUGGGCCUGGCCGUCCGCCAGCCCCUGCGCGCCCGGAGCCUGUCGACACCGCGCAGGACCCGCCGCCUGCUCUCCCUCGUCUGGGCCGCCUCGCUCGGCCUGGCCCUGCCCGUGGCAAUCGUCAUGGGGCAGAAGCGCGAGCUGGGGACGGCCGGCGGGCAGCCGGAGCCCGCCUCGCGCGUGCGCACCGUGCCGGUGAGCCGCACCGCGCUGCAGGUCUUCACCCAGGUGAACGUGCUGGUGUCCUCUGUGCUCCCCUUGGCAUUAACUGCCUUCCUCAGCGGGGUCACCGUGAGCCACCUGGAGGCCCUCCGCUCCCAGGGGCCGUCCCCUUCUGCCACAGGCAGCUCUGCCCCCAGCCACCUGAAGCUAAUGAGCGAGGAGAGGAGGACGCUGGCCCCGGGAGGCCAGGCCGCCCUGGUGAGACACAAGGACACUCGCCGGAUCCGUGGCCUCCAGCACAGCACCCAAGUUCUCAAGGCCAUCGUGGCUGUGUAUGUCGUCUGCUGGAUGCCGUACCAUGCCCACAGGCUCAUGUACUGCUACGUCCCUGACAACGGGUGGACCGACAAGCUCUCCGCUUUCUAUCACUGCUUCUGCACGGUGACAAACACGCUCCUCUGCGUCAGCUCGGCGGUGACCCCUGUGCCGUACGAUGCUGUGUCCUCCUCCUUCAGAAAACGCUUCCUGGAAGCCCUCAGCUCCCCGUGUCGAGAGCACCACCUCAUGGAGCCGUUCCCCCCAGGGCCCCGGAGCCCCGCCCUAGUGGAUACAGCAUCCGGCUCUGGGGCUCCCCCAGGAAUCCUGGCCCGGAUGAAAUCGAAGAAUGGGCAGGGUAACACUGACUGCGCAGCCAUCUAG